AUGAAUAACAUUAUCAAAAAUUGCAAGAAGUCUGUUGAUGGUAAAAGAAAAGACAUUUCUCACUUGAUAUUUUAUAACAAUCCCUUUCUUACUCUUGCACCGCUUUUAUCUUACUUUAAAAUGGCCCCACGCACACCAAGAAACACUAGACGUAUAUCUACCUCCAGUGAAGAGAGUAUCUCUCUUUCCCAAGUUAUAGCUGGCCAUGUUGGACGACAUGCAAUUGUCUCCCAGCCAGUACCUGUUUCCAGCAGUGAUGAGCGCCUGAAUCAGAUGUCCUUGGACUUACAGGGCAUUAUUAUGCAGCUUGUAUUGAUUAAUAGAAAGAUCUGGAAAAGGAACCUGAAGUUCAGAGACUCUUCUGUCAUUGCUGAGAAUGAGGCAAGAAGAAGAUGGAACGUUACUGAGUGCAUCAAUCAUCCCGAAAAUGCUGCACUCGUUGAUUAUCUUUGUCAGUACAUUCUUGCGCAACCUUGUGCAAGAGAUUUCUGGUCCAGCAUGGUGUGUUUUAUUAAAAAUAUAUUAUAUUUACCUUACAUUUUUUUGAUUCUUGCCCAUCAUACGUAUACGUACCUGACGAACUGGAGGUUGAUUGACAAUGAGAUGGGCCAUGAAGUUGGAUUUCUUUCUGAGAUAUCGUUCCUCUAUCUCUUGCAAAAAGAUGUGAUGUCACAUAGUGAGUCUGACAUGAAAGACAUGAACGUUGAAACUCUGAAUCAUUUUGUGGAGAUUGUGGACUUUGUAGCAGUACAAACUUGUUCAGACAAGUCGAUGUUAAAGUCGAGAGCAAGAAUGCCUAGACUUCAAUUGGGGGAAAAGAAUGAUGUUGUCUCUCGUCACCUGAUUUCGUCGCUCUCCCCAUGGGCAAUUAAACAAUAA